AUGACCUCGCGUGAUGGAACACUCACAAGAUUAGUCUAUUCGAUUAUCCCAACCUUAAAAAAAGUUAUCAUGUUAUCUAAUAGUUGCAAUUUUGAUUCAUAUCACUCAUUCCUUCCUGUUGAAUUUGUUGAGUCAGACAAUGUUAUUGCACCUUUCAAUUUUGCACAGUUUUCUUCAGACACAUGUGCAACCGAUAGUUUAUCACACAAUAACAGUCCUGCCAAUCACAAUUUGGUAGCAGAGCAUAUUUUCAAUGACAACUGUUUUAUCAUUGGCAAUUACCAAACCAAAGAUGUUAAUCAAAAUAAUACUAACAGAACCUUCCCCUCUAAGAUUAAAUCCUCUAAAGAGAGUUUACAUGAGGUGAGAAACAUGUUUCCAGAUCCUUCUAACAGAUAUUGUGUUAUUUGUAAGAGAGCGAAUAUGUCUUUCAAAAAGAAUUAUUUUAUUCAUGCUCAAAACGCUGAGCUAUACCAAAAAACCUUUCCAUCCACUUCAAUCAUGUUUGGGCCAGUUUGUUCAACAGAUUUUAACAAGGUUUGGAGGUAUUCCAGAGGAGAGUAUAUUCCAUCUGCAGACGGUUCUGGAAGAACGAUAAAGAACUUGAAACCUUCUCAAAAGAGAACAUUUUCAGACAGCACUUUAAAAAGAAAGAAAAUUAAGCAAAGCACUGAAAUUGUUCCAACCCGAAGCUCCACAAGCUUCUCCUCUCCAUCAAAUGCUCAAGGAGGGUUUGGAGCGUUUUUAAAAUCAUUCAUGGGAAAUUCUGUUCAUGAUACUUCAGCAACUAAUCCUCUCCUUGAAGGAGAGGACAUACAUUCCAUUCAGUCAUCCUCACCACAACUUAGAAGAUCUCUAUCUAGUAGUUCUCAAAUGAGCACUAGUAGUAAUGAUUCACUUUCUGUAGCAAUACCAAUAGAAACUCUUGAUCAACAUUUAGAUCAUUUAUUUGAAACAUACCCAGAAACUAUGAGAUCCUAUUCGGAAUAUCAAUUCAUGGAAAUGCUCUCGAAAUUUACUCAAGUUAAAGUAUCAGGCUAUCAACGAGAGGCUUUAAUGCAAAUUAAAUUCGAGACAAAUACGGGAAAAGUUUAUGGACCUUAUGGUAAUAAUACAUUAACAGGGGCUUAUCCUUUCAUGUCUUCAGGAGCUUACCUUAAAGAUUUAUUGGUACAAGAAGGAAAGGCUGGGCCAACUAUAUUUGUGAAAUUUCAUGUAGUAUUGAGUGUAUGCCCUGAGUGGUCAGGUUUGACACCUAAUUUUAAAAUAUCUCUUUCAGAAUGUUGGUCCGAAUUGUCCAACAUUAAUGAGAAAUUGGAGUUUUUAGCUAAAAAAUCCAUACCAUCAACUACAGAAACAUCACCAGAGGAUAUUUCCACAAACCCUCCACAAAUAACCGAUAACAAAACAAUUGGAGAUUUUUAUGAACAAGAUAUGAUUGAUUUUAGGAGGUCAAUUGCUAAAUGUUAUGAAAUUCUACACAAACUCAAUUCUCAAACAGAAAACCAAUUGGAAGCUUACAAUGAAAAAUUAUACAAGAGUUUUGUAAAUUUAUUUUCUACUCAAAAUAAUUUACCACCAAACAACGAGCAAUAA